AUGUCCGGCUCUCAUGGUGUUGAACAUACGAAAAAGGUGUUUGUGCGCGCCUCAAGCACAAUUCCAGAAACUGAUGAGCGCUACUCACCGCUCAUUUACUAUGAGUUGGAUCGUGAGCUGUACGGUGGUCCGGUUCUUGUUGUCCCAACGCCAAAAUACCAGCCCGACUUCGCUCCCAUUGAGACCGUUUUUGGUUCCGUCAAAUAUGCUGCAGAAGGCAUUCGCGCGCGUUCAUCAAGCUUUGGCUACACGCGCCUCUCAGAGAGGCUCGAGAAGAUUCUCAACGUUGUUUUUGGAUCCUACCUGAGAAAAGAUAUGUUGAAAGGAGCAAUCCGUGACACACACAGGUACAUGAAAGCCUGGCAGGAUGGCGCCGUAAAUGAAGAUGAGGCUCGAGCUCGCCGCGACCAGCUACGCAUUCGUGACAAACAAGACUAUGACCAGAUCAGGGCUGCAACUGGCGGAAUCUUGAGACACAGGCGUGAAUCCUUCGAGCUCGCGCCAAUCAUGGACAUGGCUGUCGACAACUCCCGAACUCGCCGCCAGACUGCUCGAGCCGUUGCCGCCAGCCAAGAAGACGAUGCUAACGUGAAUGACUUUAAAUCUACAUGUGAAAAUAAGCGGUUGCUACUACAACGUGACAAAGCUCAGGCUCGAGCUCGCCGAGCAGCAUCAGCUGCUUUGCGCAGCUCAAAUUGA